AUGGUCGACUGCGUGAAAAAGUACUUUUCACCGCGCCUUCUCGACUACAUCGCCAUCGUCGGAGCAAGGUCGCCUACCUCCUCGCAGUCAGUUCAGCUACCUGAACUGCUGCGACGGUACCCGCCGGAUGACCACAAGGACUUUCCCCUGCCGCCCGAUGUGGUCUUCUUCUGUCAACCAGAAGGCUGCAUCAACUCCAACGUGCGGCGACUCUCGCAGAGGGACACCAACUCAUUUGUCUUUGCUCUCACCGAGAAGGACACUUCUCGUGUUAGAUAUGGCAUUUGCAUCAACUUCUAUCGACGCCUCGAGUUGCGCAGUUCGGUGUCCUCGAGGUCAGAGGCCGAUGAAGAUCAGCAGCAGCAGCAGAGCAGCAGUAGCGGCGGCAGUCAGAGCGGCGAGAAAGGACCCCACAAAUGCCUUUCCCUCAUAUCUCUUUGCAUCAUCUCCCACCAUCCAUUCUUCUCCACCUUUCGAGAAUGCUUAAACAUUUUAAAAAAGAUCAUUUACAUAUUCAGCGAACGCAAUAGAGACAAGAAACACCGCAGGGACCUCGUGUGGACUUUGCUGACUACUCGAAUUUCCCCCGAGCUUGCUAAAGUAAUACCCGAUAAUGUGAUCAAUGACGUCCGCGAAAUUGAGACUUGGUGUCUCAAGCUGCUGAGCGCUCCAGUGCCGAUUCCGGGAAAAACCAAAGUUGAGCUGGAAAUUCUCAGCAAAGAACUUCGAGAGCCGCUGAUGUUUGCUCUGCCUGAUCACACUCGCUUCUCGCUGGUCGACUUUCCCCUUCAUCUGCCACUUGAGCUGCUCGGCGUGGAGACCUGCAUUAAGGUGUUGAUGAUGAUUAUCAUGGAGCACAAGAUUGUCCUCCAGUCGCGCGACUACAAUGCACUUUCGAUGUCAGUGAUGGCCUUCGUGACGAUGAUUUACCCGCUCGAGUACAUGUUCCCUGUGAUACCUCUUCUGCCAACCUGCAUGAACUCGGCCGAACAGCUGCUUCUCGCUCCGACGCCGUACAUCAUCGGUGUGCCCGCUUCCUUUCUCAUGUACAAGCGGCACUUUCGACUGCCCGACGACGUGUGGCUGGUUGACCUGGACACCAACAAGAUUAUCAAGCCAACGGGAGCAGGCGUCGAUGACCUUCCACCCUUGCCGGAGCCAGAGGGAACGACGCUAAAGAUGCACUUCAAGCAGGUGCUCGCCUCUAUGUCCAUCACUAGUCCAUUUCCGCAGUCCAAUUUUCCUAGCAAUAAUCUCAAUAACGCUGCCUCAACUCAAGUUAAAGCAUCGGCUGAUUUCAACCCUUUGACAUAUGGUAAGGGCUUUGCAGCUUGUCCGAAUAACCUGACAAACAUUGAAACACUUGUUUCGGCUCACAACAAUUCAGGAAAUGACGUCGACUCGGUGGACAUUGCAACUCGCAUUGCCAUGGUCAAGCUGUACAACUCUCCCGGGUUGCUCCUCAACUUUAACGAGUUUACGCGCACCAUUCGUCUCUUUCCUCGACCCGUAGUUGCCUUUCAGAUCAAUUCCUUCCUUCAUUCACGUCCUAAACCUUCUGUCUUCCUGCAAAAAUUUGUUCAAACUCAGGCGGUGGAAUUUUUCGCCGAGUGGUCUUUGUAUCCUAGCAAUGUUGCCUUCAUUCGAGUUCAAAACGGAGUGUACGACCCAGCAAUAAUUGGCGAUAAGCACAAGUGGUACAGUCACCAGUUGGAUGUCAUUAACUUCAAAGUGUGGAACAUAUCAAAUCCGUCGAUAACGCAAGUUUACGCCGAGUUCCAAAACAAAGAGGAUGACAGCGACAAUGAAAGUGAAGAGGAGAGCGAUGUCAGCACUAGUUCCUCCUUUUCAUCGCUCAAUGAGUUUGUCGAGGAGAUGUGCAAUGCGAGCCGAAUGAACUCGCAAUUUUUAGAGUCUUUGAAAGAUUCCACUACCUGUGUUCUAACACUAUGUGAUCAUCGGAGCAUUUUCUGUCCCCCCGAUACGCUGCAGUACUCUAAUAUCAAGUCUAAAGCUGACUCCAAGGCUGAUUCCACUGGUAGGCAAAGUUCUGCAAACUCAAAUGCAUCUUCCCCUACGCGAUCUGCCUCCUCAAAGUCCUCCUCAGAGGAUGAGGACAACUCGGACAGCCAGCACGAGUUUAAGCCUGCCUCUUUGUACGACAAAGACUUUCCUAUUCCGCCUAUUCCCCCUAAUGUUGCCCAAUUUGCUCAGCUAUCCAAAGUUAGUGAAAACUCCGAGUCUGAAGCGGACGACAAUCAUAGCUCAUCGCUAAAAGAGUCUUCCUCAAUGGAUAGUAACAAAACUAUCGCCAGUCACCCUUCCGCCUCUUCGUUGCCUAGUCAGAGAAACAUUUCUCCCAGUAACUCACUGGACAAGUCCUCAGGCACCUCUACUCCAACGCUCUCAAAGACGAUCUCCAUUUCUUCCGUUUUCUCUCGAUCUCAAUCGCAACACCGGGACUCAAUUGGCGGCUUCGGCUCCUCUCUGAUCGAUCGCAUUACCACUGAAGCCAAGGACAUGGCUCGAGAGGCAAAAGCGGCCGCCAAAGAGGUGGUCACCAAGCCGGCGGCUCAGGCGCAAAAGAAGAAGAUUCUUGCCAAUCUGCAAGCCAUCAGUGAGCCGAUGAAGGGCUCUGCUCGAGAGUUCUGGAGGUCAUCUUCCAAAGACGAGCCCGAUGCCGGCGAAAAUGUGCCUUCUACUUCGCAGACACCGACGCAGACGCAAGUGCAGGUUGCGCCACCAAACAGACUGACAAACAUGUCCAGUGAUUUCAACGGAUUAGCCGACAAGACGGCGGGAAUGCUGUCGGGUUUCUUUCAGGGAGCGAAAAACUCCAAUUUUGCAAACAAGAUGAGAGAAAAAGCGCAACCUUUUGGACCUUUCCCCAAGGGAAAAAAGGGCGCACUUGAGAACUCGUCGCUAAUACGACACUCGUCUAGUCAGAUUGUGCAACGGUCACUCGAGUCAAAGAACCAGAAUCACAGUGAGAACCAGUCUUUCAUCAAGGAGAAUGUAAAGGCAGUCCUGGAGGGCGAGGGCAUAGGCUGGCUGAAAUUGAAGCGAAUGAAGAAUCUAAUGGAGGAUGAGCAGUACCGCGUUCUGGUAGUGCAGCGCAUCAACAAGAACUUUGCACGAAAGAUCACCGCCGAUGACCACAUUAUUGACGUGCUCGUUACACGACCAGUGUGGAAGGGUUUGCUCAAACUGCUGAAUGCCCUCAUCUACGGACUCGAUCAGAGCUAUCACAGCUCCAACUCGAACGCCAGUGGAAUGGCCUCUGCAUUUGCCAUUCUCGAGAUGGCCCACACCAUGUACUGGGAAAAGGAGGGCACUGGAGAGGAGUCUCAGGCAUCGGUGGUCACCUACUCACAAGGCUCAACUCCCUUUGGCUCAAAUGAGAACCUGUCGAAGCGAAGCCCCGAGCGUCAGGCAGUGUCUGACCUGGCGACCGAGUCAAGGACUGGCCUGGCCGUCGAAGCAGUCAUCUCUCCGCCGGAAGAGGCAGUUGCGGGGGCCAGUUGCAGCAGCAGCAAGCGCAAUUCACUGAACCGCGCCGCCUCAAUCGAUUCCGAGCCAUCCGAUGCAUCGCCCUGUAAUGUUUCCGAUGCCGGAUCGUUGACGGUAAAUCCUGUUUUUGGCAACCGCUUAAGCAGCAAUUCUUUUCGUUCUACGUGUUCUGAUUCUGACAUAGAAGGAUUGCAAGGCAGAACAACUCGAGCUCCCAGUCUGUACAGCAGCAAGUCCUCAGUCAGUGCUGGUUUUCGCUACCAAGGUGGUCUAAUCUCCUGCAUCGGCGGCAUGGAUGUGCAACGGUUCUACCUUUUUGAAGGCAUUCUAGGAAGCAAUAGGUCAAAUUUGUGGGAUGAUAUGCAGUUCUGGGAAGACGCCUUUCUGGACGCAGUCUCGCAAGAGCGUGAUUUGAUCGGCAUGGACCAGGGGCCAACUGAGAUGAUGGAAAGGUACCGCACUCUACUGGACAGUGACAAGAGACGACUGGAACAGGACGAAGACCGACUGUUGGCCACCUUUCUCUACAACAUGACAGCCUUCAUGGUGAUGGUCAAUGUCAAUCGGACGGAGAUUAAACGAAAGUGCCGACGAAUACUUGGCAAGUGCCACAUUGGCCUGAAUGGGUCUGCAGACAUCAAUGAGAUGCUGGACCAGAUUGACUGUCUGCACGGCAACGACAUUGACUUGAAGCCGCCAGCCAGUCGGCAGAUUCACCGUCAGACCUUUUCAGUGCACAUCGGCACCGAUGCAUCCGGUGACAUGCUCUUCAUGGAGGUGCGUGAUGAUGGCCUCAUACUGCGCUCAAUCAACGGCACCAUCAUCGAGCGAUGGUGGUUUGAGCGUCUAGUGAACAUGACCUACUCGCCGAAAAACAAGGUCCUUUGUCUCUGGAGACGCAAUGGCGAGCAGACUCAGCUGCACAAGUACUACACACGCAAGUGCAAAGACCUCUACUACUGCAUCAAAGACGCCAUGGAGAAGGCGGCGGCCAGCACUGAACUGGGAGGAGAGUUUCCUAUUCAAGACAUGAAAACCGGCGAAGGUGGCCUGCUGCAAGUGUGCAUGGAAGGCGUCGGAUUGCUCUUUGCCAACAGCAAGGACUUUGAGUUUUUCGUCCGACUUGAAAACAUUCGCAAGUGCUACAAUGCCAAGGGCGGCAUGUUUGUAAUUGAAGAAUUCAACCCCAAAACACGUCAAAUCACUCAACGAAAAUAUCGUUCUCAAAUGUCCGAUCAGAUUUGCUAUGCCGUUCUGUGCGUUUUUUCCUACCUCGCU